UGUGAACACUACUUAAGGAAAUAUGAAAAUGUCAAGUAGAAUUGCAAUUCAGUCAAAACAAACGAGCCCAAGGUGAAAAUAAACAAAUUUUACAAUAUUAAAAAAUACGUUUAUAAAAUAAAUUAUUUAUCAGUUAUCAUUAAUUAAAACAAAAUGGAAAUUGUAAAUCCUUGUUUUUCUGUUUUAUCCAAUUAUGAAGUGAUGGAGUCCUUGAAAACACUUAAGGAUACUAAGAAAAAGUAUGGGCUGCGAAACCUGGCAACAAUAACAUAUGAGACCUUGCAAUACUUGGAAGACUCGCCGAGUAAACAACAAUCUCGAGAAAACAUACAUGCAUUUUUAACAGAAGUAAAGAGUUUAAGUUGCAAAUUAACAACAACAGAAUGCUUAAUGAUGGUCAACGAUCCCCCUACGAGUGCACUGCAUAUUCAAUUGCUUAUUGAAGACAGUGAAGAACGUUUGUCCGAAGAGCAAGUGAAUGAAAUUUUACAAAUUGUUGCGAAACAUUUUCCUAACACACCGACUGAAAAUAAUUAGUACCAAAAUAAAGUUUAUUAUUUUAUACAAAGUU